ACACAAAAAGCAAUAAUCGACCGUUAUGGUUUCGUAUUUUGUAUUGAAAUGGUACUAUGCCCUGCUUUUAGAUCUUUUCUGUUGCCGUAAUACGUUCCGUGGUACAACUCGAAGGUCAUAGAGACAGCUCACACUCUGGGGAUUGUUGUAGGUUUCCUCUGGUCUGAAUGUUGUGCUGGUUGCCAACGGUGAUAAUCCAAUUUGCUUUUUACACCGAGUGAAAUCUCUUUAGCAAUCGCCAACAUUUACUGGACUAUUUAAUAUGUAUAAAUUGAUUGGUUUUAUAUUCUUACUUGAGUUUGUCGCAAUCCCUUCGAAUGCUAUUUGUAGUCAAGAAGUGUUGAGGAUAUCUGGGACGUUAAAUAUUAUCGGCCUUUUCAAUCUCCAUUCUGGUGAAAAUUGCUCAGAGAUAAAUUUUCUAGCACUGCAAAGUGCCCAAAACCUUGUUCAGUCAGUAAAAGCGAUUCGCUUAAUAAAACUAAUUCCAAAUUACGAAAUUGGUCUUUCAAUAUUUGAUCUAUGUUUUAAUAAUGAAUAUAAGCAGAAACUUGAACCUCUUUGCAUGGAAUCGUUUCAACAAGGAAGCUAUGUGUUACAAGGCUACUCUGAUGAAGAUGUUAAUGAAGCUUAUGAUUUUCCCGUUGUAAAACUAGAUGAAAAUCCACCAUUUAAUUUAUAUAUAAAAGUGGUUGCGAGGACGAUACAUGACCUUAAGCUAUCGCCUAUCAACUAUCUUGUUGUGGAUGAGGGCUAUCUGAAGAAUUUUUUGAUUGAAGAACUGACCAUGCUACAAGUUUGCAUUCUCAACAUUACUAGAUUUGACAAGAUUGAGAAUGUUAAAAAUGGAGGAAAUAUAGUUUUCAUUGGAAAGUUAGUACAAAUAGAACAAAUAUCAAUCCAUUUUCCAGACACCACUAUAUUUAUUGUGCCAACGGAUGGAUUAUAUAAUGAAAUGUCAGGUUUAUCUGGAGAGAAAACAAUAUUCCUUUUACCAACUCAUGUGGAAAUUGAUGAUCUUUUGAUAUCUGGAAUAGCGAACGAGACAAAGGGCAAUGAGUUCAAUACCAUAACAUUAUCGACAUUGUCAUUGUCACAGAUUCAGUUGGUAUCUGACGUUUUCAACUUAAUACAAACCACAAAGUCUCGUUUGGAGACAGUUUGCAAAAAUCUAACAAUAUGCAAUAGCCUUAAUAAGAAUAUAUUUGAUAAAGGGAUAAAAUCAAUACCAAUUAGAGAGGAUAAAAUACGACACCAACUGAAGGUUUUAAAUAUUGAUGUCAACGAUUUUACCAGUGCUAUUGUAUUCCUGCACAACGACCAGGGCUUUGUAAAAAUGGGUGAAGUUAAAAUGUUAGGUAAUGAAUGGAGUGUUAAACCAAGACCAGAGAACAGUUCUGAAAUUGUGGGUUUUGGUUGUGAUCAACCAAAUUUAAACUGUUCAUUAUGUUCAAAUUAUCGAACUCUAGUCCAAUUUAAAGAACAAUUGAAAAGACCUAGCUUGGCUUUGAAGGAAGAAGCCUGGGUAGCGGCUUUGUUAUCUAUUUCUGCAGUCGGUAUAAUUUCUUGUCUUGCUAUAGCUAUAUUUAUUUUAGUGCGUAUUUGCAAGAAAGACGUGCUAGAAGGAAACCCGUCAUUUUCAUUUUUAAUGCUCACAUCUCUGAUUCUCGUGUACCUUUCAAUAUUACCAUUUGCAUUUAAAAUUGAACAUGACAAUCCACAAUUUUAUUUUAAAAGUAUCUUAUGCGGGUUGAAAGUCAUUGGUACUAGUUUCAGUUAUUCUUUUAUUUUUUCUGUAAUGCUAGCUCGUUCAUUCAUGUUAGCGAGCUGUGAUGAAGACGGUGGUUUUAUGAGUCAUGUUAACGGCUAUUUACAGUCUGUUCUGUGUUUUUUUAUCGCUGCUGUACAAUUAGCUUUAACAUUACAGUUCUGGGCGAUAAACUGGGUCUUUACUGAUCAUGAACAAUGCCAAGCAAUGACUCAAGGUCCUGUAUUUUUAUAUUUACUAGGCUACGACAUGUUUCUUCUCAUCUUUUUAAUAUUUAUUUCUCCAUUUAUAAUGAGAUCAAAACGUAAUUAUCAAGAAGGAGGAUAUUUCGCCUCUUCGUCAUUCCUAUGCGUACUUGUCUGGAUCACUUGGGCUUCCGGUUACCUCUAUCUUCCUACUUAUGCUGAUAUUUUCAUAUGCUCUGGCCUAGUGGCUACAGCUACAGUGAUAUUAGUAGUUGUUUUUAUACCACGAACGUACUUGAUGAUGACUGGUAUCGUACGAGACCACCUUGUGAGCACGCUUCCAGCUCUGACCCAUACCACCUCAAGUGUUAUUGAUGUCAAUUAUCACUCAACUCAAGCACUGUACGACACAGUCUCAGCAAGGGGGCAAAUCAAUCCGAAUUACUACUCAGAAAGACCGACAACCCCAUCGACUUCUAAGAUGGAAGACAGGAUUGAAAACAAUCCAUAUGAUAACUAUGAGAGUUCAUCCUCGCCUCUGAAUGUCACGAGGUUUUGACAAGAAUUUACUCUUGAUUGAAGUUUUUUUACUAAUCUUCUAAAGGUUGUUUUCUUAUCAAUUUCAUACAUACAAAACGGUUUAAAAUAGCCAUUUUAUAUUUUAAAAAAUUAACAUAAAAAUAAAAAUGUUUAUUAGUUUUUAUAUGUGCAAGGAAUUUAAUAAUUAUCUUCUAACGAGUACUUGAUAAGUUUAAGUGAGAUCUUGGAAUUUAUCAAGUCCAGUGUGGAAUGAAUUUAAUUUGAUGUUCAUAACUUCUACCUGGUUGAGUGUUACAUCAAAAUCACAAGUAUGUGAUCUUUGAUUCUAUCGUUUAUAGGUAUUUGGCAAAGAGUUGAUUAUUAUUAACAAACUUUAUUUAUUAGUGAUAGUGUUUCUUCUAUAAAUCUGUUUGAUUGUAACAUCGCAUAUUUGUAAUCUUUGGAUUUAUUAUAAAGUCCAUAGGGGUAUUUGGUAAAUAAUUGUUAAUAAUAAUUUGUUUUGAAAAUAAAAUGUUCCAAAAUGUUCAUGUUGUAAAAUACUUGAAGACAAAACAAAAUUCACAUUUAUAUAACUAAAAAAAAUCAUAGUUGUUUUCAAUAAAAAGAUAUGCAUAUUCUAAAAAGAAAUUGUUAAAAUUGUGGCCAGAUAUUUUUUGGAAAUCAAGUUUGUUCUUAUAAAGGAGAAUUAAUAAGAAUUUCUGUUAAAAUUCUUCAGUGAAUUUUAUUUAUAAAAAUUCAUCUUGUUAAAUAAAAAAAUACUUACUUGUGUAUGUAAAAGUUUCCUGGGAGUACAUUGUAAUUUACUUUCUAAAAAACAGAAAUGGAACAAAAACAUAAAAUGUAUCAUUAUAUAAAAUAUAUAUUUACUUUGCAUUUGUAGUACAUUUAAAAUGUAUUUUUAAGUUAUUCCUUCAUUACACUAUACAGUUGUGUACAGUUUUAUUUUUCAAACUCUUGGACUAAAAAAUACUUUGGAAACCAAAAUUACAUCAUUCAUCUAUUUACAGCUUUACAAUUACGAUCUUCAAAAAAUGUUUCCUCUAAUAAAACAAAAUAGUUGUGUUAUUACAAUUAUUUUUUUAAAUAUACAAUUCAAAGUUCAAUUUUCAUACAAUACUGUAGAGAACCGAUUAUCUCUAAACAAAUUAUUGUUUAAGUAGGAAAUUAUUCAUCGUUGAUUGACAUGACAGCAAAAAACCAUGGAUAUUUUAAAAAGUUAAAUAAUCAAUCCCAUUUUGAUUUGAAUCAUUCCUUAAAAUAUAGAAAUUUGAGAA